AUGUUCACUGGUCAGCCCGUGUACCCUGGACAACAGAUGUAUGCAGUUCCAGGUGCCGUGACUACGCUCCCAUCUCGUGUCUCUUACGUGACGAGUGGUGCUGAGAUCCCUGGCGGCAUGGCUGCCCCAGCUGUGGCUUAUCCACAGAUGGCACCACAGAUCUAUGCUCCGUCAGCAAUGGUCUCCCCUGGAAUGCAGACUCAGACAAGGGUUGUGACCCUGAGUGUAUCGGAGGCUGAGGUUCUUCUGGCACAAAAGGCUUGGUCAGAUGCAAUCAAACACAUUUCCAAGACCUAUCUUGAGGGAGGUGACUACGUUGCAGCUGCUGCCAAAGCAGCCGGUGAGCUCUAUGGCUAUGAUGGAAGCAAGACCAAAGUUGAGUACACUUUUGGCUACAAGAAGAAUGCGGACGGCAAGGUGCGCAUCUUCCUCCACCACUCCUCAGUGCCAUACAGCGUGCCUGCAGCCACUGCAUCUGGAGCGAUUACUGAAGAGGAAGUAAAGAGUGUGCAGGCAGCAUGGGCCAAUGCCAUCAGGAGUAUCUCCAAGACUUAUCUUGACGGAGGCGACUACGUUGCAGCUGCUGCCAAAGCAGCCGGUGAGCUCUAUGGCUAUGAUGGAAGCAAGACCAAAGUUGAGUACACUUUCGGCUACAAGAAGAAUGCGGAUGGCAAGGUGCGCAUCUUCCUCCACCACUCCUCAGUGCCAUACAGCGUGCCUGCAGCCACUGCAUCUGGAGCGAUUACUGAAGAGGAAGUAAAGAGUGUGCAGGCAGCAUGGGCCAAUGCCAUCAGGAGUAUCUCCAAGACUUAUCUUGACGGAGGCGACUACGUUGCAGCUGCUGCCAAAGCAGCCGGUGAGCUCUAUGGCUAUGAUGGAAGCAAGACCAAAGUUGAGUACACUUUCGGCUACAAGAAGAAUGCGGAUGGCAAGACCAAAGUUGAGUACACUUUCGGCUACAAGAAGAAUGCGGACGGCAAGGAUCUGGUGAUGGCCCUGUGCUUUCCAGUGGAUGGUGGACGGAUUGUGCGAAGGAGCUUUUCAAAGGCUUGGACGUGGGCAGGUGCCGUGACUACGUUCCCAUCUCGUGUCUCUUACGUGACGAGUGGUGCUGAGAUCCCUGGCGGCAUGGCUGCCCCAGCUGGUGUGGCUUAUCCACAGAUGGCACCACAGAUCUAUGCUCCGUCAGCAAUGGUCUCCCCUGGAAUGCAGACUCAGGCAAGGGUUGUGACCCUGAGUGUAUCGGAGGCUGAGGUUCUUCUGGCACAAAAGGCUUGGUCAGAUGCAAUCAAACACAUUUCCAAGACCUAUCUUGAGGGAGGCGACUACGUUGCAGCUGCUGCCAAAGCAGCCGGUGAGCUCUAUGGCUAUGGCCACUCUGAUGUGCUGUUCAAGCCAACCAAGGCAGCUGAGACCAAAGUUGAGUACACUUUUGGCUACAAGAAGAAUGCGGACGGCAAGGUGCGCAUCUUCCUCCACCACUCCUCAGUGCCAUACAGCGUGCCUGCAGCCACUGCAUCUGGAGCGAUUACUGAAGAGGAAGUAAAGAGUGUGCAGGCAGCAUGGGCCAAUGCCAUCAGGAGUAUCUCCAAGACUUAUCUUGACGGAGGCGACUACGUUGCAGCUGCUGCCAAAGCAGCCGGUGAGCUCUAUGGCUAUGGACACACAAAUGUGCUGUUCAAGCCAACCAAGACCAAAGUUGAGUACACUUUCGGCUACAAGAAGAAUGCGGACGGCAAGGUGCGCAUCUUCCUCCACCACUCCUCAGUGCCAUACAGCGUGCCUGCAGCCACUGCAUCUGGGAUUACUGAGGAGGAAGUAAAGAGUGUGCAGGCAGCAUGGGCCAAUGCCAUCAGGAGUAUCUCCAAGACUUAUCUUGACGGAGGCGACUACGUUGCAGCUGCUGCCAAAGCAGCCGGUGAGCUCUAUGGCUAUGGACACACAAAUGUGCUGUUCAAGCCAACCAAGACCAAAGUUGAGUACACUUUCGGCUACAAGAAGAAUGCGGACGGCAAGGUGCGCAUCUUCCUCCACCACUCCUCAGUGCCAUACAGCGUGCCUGCAGCCACUGCAUCUGGAGCGAUUACUGAAGAGGAAGUGAAGAGUGUGCAGGCAGCAUGGGCCAAUGCCAUCAAGAGUAUCUCCAAGACUUAUCUUGAGGGAGGCGACUAUGUUGCAGCUGCUGCCAAAGCAGCCAGUGAGCUCUAUGGCUAUGGACACACAAAUGUGCUGUUCAAGCCAACCAAGGCAGCUGAGGAUCUGGUGAAGGUCCUGUGCUUUCCAGUGGAUGGUGGACGGAUUGUGCGAAGGAGCUUUUCAAAGGUUUGGACGUGGGCAGGUGCCGUGACUACGCUCCCAUCUCGUGUCUCUUACGUGACGAGUGGUGCUGAGAUCCCUGGCGGCAUGGCUGCCCCAGCUGUGGCUUAUCCACAGAUGGCACCACAGAUCUAUGCUCUGUCAGCAAUGGUCUCCCCUGGAAUGCAGACUCAGACAAGGGUUGUGACCCUGAGUGUAUCGGAGGCUGAGGUUCUUCUGGCACAAAAGGCUUGGUCAGAUGCAAUCAAACACAUUUCCAAGACCUAUCUUGAGGGAGGCGACUACGUUGCAGCUGCUGCCAAAGCAGCCGGUGAGCUCUAUGGCUAUGAUGGAAGCAAGACCAAAGUUGAGUACACUUUCGGCUACAAGAAGAAUGCGGACGGCAAGGUGCGCAUCUUCCUCCACCACUCCUCAGUGCCAUACCGCGUGCCUGCAGCCACUGCAUCUGGAGCGAUUACUGAAGAGGAAGUAAAGAGUGUGCAGGCAGCAUGGGCCAAUGCCAUCAAGAGUAUCUCCAAGACUUGUCUUGAGGGAGGCGACUACGUUACAGCUGCUGCCAAAGCAGCCGGUGAGCUCUAUGGCUAUGAUGGAAGCAAGACCAAAGUUGAGUACACUUUCGGCUACAAGAAGAAUGCGGACGGCAAGGUGCGCAUCUUCCUCCACCACUCCUCAGUGCCAUACAGCGUGCCCGCAGCCACUCCAACUGCAGAGAUUACUGAAGAGGAAGUAAAGAGUGUGCAGGCAGCAUGGGCCAAUGCCAUCAAGAGUAUCUCCAAGACCUAUCUUGACGGAGGUGACUACAUUGCAGCUGCUGCCAAAGCAGCCGGUGAGCUCUAUGGCUAUGAUGGAAGCAAGACCAAAGUUGAGUACACUUUCGGCUACAAGAAGAAUGCGGACGGCAAGGUGCGCAUCUUCCUCCACCGCUCCUCAGUGCCAUACAGCGUGCCUGCAGCCACUGCAUCUGGAGCGAUUACUGAAGAGGAAGUAAAGAGUGUGCAAGCAGCAUGGGCCAAUGCCAUCAGGAGCAUCUCCAAGACUUAUCUUGACGGAGGCGACUGCGUUGCAGCUGCUGCCAAAGCAGCCGGUGAGCUCUAUGGCUAUGGACACACAAAUGUGCUGUUCAAGCCAACCAAGACGAAAGUUGAGUACACUUUCGGCUACAAGAAGAAUGCGGAUGGCAAGGAUCUGGUGAAGGUCCUGUGCUUUCCAGUGGAUGGUGGACGGAUUGUGCGAAGGAGCUUUUCAAAGGCUUGGACGUGGGCAGGUGCCGUGACUACGCUCCCAUCUCGUGUCUCUUACGUGACGAGUGGUGCUGAGAUCCCUGGCGGCAUGGCUGCCCCAGCUGUGGCUUAUCCACAGAUGGCACCACAGAUCUAUGCUCCGUCAGCAAUGGUCUCCCCUAGAAUGCAGACUCAGACAAGGGUUGUGACCCUGAGUGUAUCGGAGGCUGAGGUUCUUCUGGCACAAAAGGCUUGGUCAGAUGCAAUCAAACACAUUUCCAAGACCUAUCUUGAGGGAGGCGACUACGUUGCAGCUGCUGCCAAAGCAGCCGGUGAGCUCUAUGGCUAUGAUGGAAGCAAGACCAAAGUUGAGUACACUUUCGGCUACAAGAAGAAUGCGGACGGCAAGGUGCGCAUCUUCCUCCACCACUCCUCAGUGCCAUACAGCGUGCCUGCAGCCACUGCAUCUGGAGCGAUUACUGAAGAGGAAGUAAAGAGUGUGCAGGCAGCAUGGGCCAAUGCCAUCAGGAGUAUCUCCAAGACUUAUCUUGAGGGAGGCGACUACGUUGCAGCUGCUGCCAAAGCAGCCGGUGAGCUCUAUGGCUAUGAUGGAAGCAAGACCAAAGUUGAGUACACUUUCGGCUACAAGAAGAAUGCGGACGGCAAGGUGCGCAUCUUCCUCCACCACUCCUCAGUGCCAUACAGCGUGCCUGCAGCCACUGCAUCUGGAGCGAUUACUGAAGAGGAAGUAAAGAGUGUGCAGGCAGCAUGGGCCAAUGCCAUCAAGAGUAUCUCCAAGACUUAUCUUGAGGGAGGCGACUACGUUGCAGCUGCUGCCAAAGCAGCCGGUGAGCUCUAUGGCUAUGAUGGAAGCAAGACCAAAGUUGAGUACACUUUCGGCUACAAGAAGAAUGCGGACGGCAAGGUGCGCAUCUUCCUCCACCACUCCUCAGUGCCAUACAGCGUGCCUGCAGCCACUGCAUCUGGAGCGAUUACUGAAGAGGAAGUAAAGAGUGUGCAAGCAGCAUGGGCCAAUGCCAUCAAGAGUAUCUCCAAGACUUAUCUUGAGGGAGGCGACUACGUUGCAGCUGCUGCCAAAGCAGCCGGUGAGCUCUAUGGCUAUGAUGGAAGCAAGACCAAAGUUGAGUACACUUUCGGCUACAAGAAGAAUGCGGAUGGCAAGGAUCUGGUGAAGGUCCUGUGCUUUCCAGUGGAUGGUGGACGGAUUGUGCGAAGGAGCUUUUCAAAGGCUUGGACGUGGGCAGGUGCCGUGACUACGCUCCCAUCUCGUGUCUCUUACGUGACGAGUGGUGCUGAGAUCCCUGGCGGCAUGGCUGCCCCAGCUGUGGCUUAUCCACAGAUGGCACCACAGAUCUAUGCUCCGUCAGCAAUGGUCUCCCCUGGAAUGCAGACUCAGACAAGGGUUGUGACCCUGAGUGUAUCGGAGGCUGAGGUUCUUCUGGCACAAAAGGCUUGGUCAGAUGCAAUCAAACACAUUUCCAAGACCUAUCUUGAGGGAGGCGACUACGUUGCAGCUGCUGCCAAAGCAGCCGGUGAGCUCUAUGGCUAUGAUGGAAGCAAGACCAAAGUUGAGUACACUUUCGGCUACAAGAAGAAUGCGGACGGCAAGGUGCGCAUCUUCCUCCACCACUCCUCAGUGCCAUACAGCGUGCCUGCAGCCACUGCAUCUGGAGCGAUUACUGAAGAGGAAGUAAAGAGUGUGCAGGCAGCAUGGGCCAAUGCCAUCAAGAGUAUCUCCAAGACUUAUCUUGACGGAGGCGACUACGUUGCAGCUGCUGCCAAAGCAGCCGGUGAGCUCUAUGGCUAUGAUGGAAGCAAGACCAAAGUUGAGUACACUUUCGGCUACAAGAAGAAUGCCGACGGCAAGGUGCGCAUCUUCCUCCACCACUCCUCAGUGCCAUACAGCGUGCCCGCAGCCACUCCAACUGCAGAGAUUACUGAAGAGGAAGUAAAGAGUGUGCAGGCAGCAUGGGCCAAUGCCAUCAAGAGUAUCUCCAAGACCUAUCUUGACGGAGGCGACUACGUUGCAGCUGCUGGCAAAGCAGCUGGUGAGCUCUAUGGCUAUGAUGGAAGCAAGACCAAAGUUGAGUACACUUUCGGCUACAAGAAGAAUGCGGACGGCAAGGUGCGCAUCUUCCUCCACCAUUCGUCAGUGCCAUACAGCGUGCCUGCAGCCACUGCAUCUGGAGCGAUUACUGAAGAGGAAGUAAAGAGUGUGCAGGCAGCAUGGGCCAAUGCCAUCAGGAGUAUCUCCAAGACUUAUCUUGACGGAGGCGACUACGUUGCAGCUGCUGCCAAAGCAGCCGGUGAGCUCUAUGGCUAUGAUGGAAGCAAGACCAAAGUUGAGUACACUUUCGGCUACAAGAAGAAUGCGGAUGGCAAGGCCCGCGCUCUUCAGCCAAGCAGCCAGUACAUACCUGUGCUUUGCUUGGAGACCCUUGCAGCUUUUCGCAAUCGCCCGCCUCAAAAGUUGCAUUUGGAGUCCAAUUUGGAGUCUCUUUGUCUCUUCAGCGAAGCGCGAUCUGGUGAAGGUCCUGUGCUUUCCAGUGGAUGGUGGACGGAUUGUGCGAAGGAGCUUUUCAAAGGCUUGGACGUGGGCAGGAUGGGCUGA